CCGGGCCCCAGCCGGAAGCGGCUCAUUAGCGCCGCCGUUCUUCGCGGGCCUUGUGACUUUAGGGUUCGAGCUUCACGGUGACCACGCGGUGUUACGAGGCGGUCGUACACGAGUCCUCAGGCUACAAUGUCGCAUCCAUCCCCCCAGGCUAAGCCCUCCAACCCCAGUAACCCUCGAGUCUUCUUCGACGUGGACAUCGGAGGGGAGAGAGUUGGUCGAAUUGUCUUAGAAUUGUUUGCAGAUAUUGUACCCAAAACUGCAGAAAAUUUUCGUGCAUUGUGUACAGGAGAAAAAGGCAUUGGACCCACUACUGGGAAACCUCUCCAUUUCAAAGGAUGUCCUUUCCAUAGAAUUAUUAAGAAAUUUAUGAUUCAGGGUGGAGACUUCUCAAAUCAGAAUGGGACAGGUGGAGAAAGCAUUUAUGGUGAAAAAUUUGAAGAUGAAAAUUUCCAUUAUAAGCAUGACAGGGAGGGAUUGCUGAGCAUGGCCAACGCGGGCAGCAACACCAACGGCUCCCAGUUCUUCAUCACCACCGUUCCGACUCCGCACUUGGAUGGGAAGCACGUAGUGUUUGGCCAAGUGAUUAAAGGAAUGGGUGUGGCAAAGAUUCUAGAAAAUGUGGAGGUGAAAGGUGAAAAACCUGCCAAAUUGUGCAUUAUUGCAGAAUGCGGAGAACUGAAAGAAGGGGAUGAUUGGGGAAUAUUCCCAAAGGAUGGAUCUGGUGACAGUCACCCAGAUUUCCCCGAGGACGCAGAUGUGGAUUUAAAAGAUGUAGAUAAAAUUUUAUUAAUAUCAGAAGACUUAAAAAACAUUGGAAAUACGUUUUUCAAAUCCCAGAAGUGGGAGAUGGCCGUUAAAAAAUACACAAAAGUUUUAAGGUAUGUGGAAGGCUCCAGAGCUGUUGCUGAGGACGCAGAUGGAGCAAAGCUGCAGCCUGUCGCUUUGAGCUGCGUGCUGAAUAUUGGUGCUUGCAAACUGAAGAUGUCUGAUUGGCAGGGCGCAGUCGAUAGCUGUUUGGAGGCCCUUGAAAUAGACCCAUCAAAUACCAAAGCACUGUACCGUAGAGCCCAAGGAUGGCAAGGAUUAAAAGAAUAUGAUCAAGCAUUGGCUGAUCUUAAGAAAGCUCAGGAGAUCGCACCAGAAGAUAAAGCUAUCCAGGCAGAAUUGCUGAAAGUCAAGCAAAAGAUAAAGGCACAGAAAGAUAAAGAGAAGGCAGCUUAUGCAAAAAUGUUUGCUUGAUGAGGAAUUCAGUUUUGCUUCAGUGUGCAUUGAUUGUAUGAAUGAGGAAGACAGUUUAAGGGUUUGUCUGUUCAGUGUGAUCCCUUCUGUGCUCCCUCUGAUGCUUCGGUUCCCCAUGUUUACAGUCCAGGAAUAUGGAUAGGGAUUUGCUCUUUAAUACACCAGUGUUACAAACUACAGUGGCGUCGAUUCCCUUUUCAGUGACUCUCUGCAUUAUUCAAAAGAUAAUGGUGUCUCCAGCUUGUUUUUAAACUCCUAAAGACACAUCGUGUUUGAAUAAACAGACAAAAGCUUGA